CCUGGGGCUGUCUCCGGAGGCGGGGGGGAGCCGCGGGCCAGGGCCGGCAGGCCGGUCCGGCUGGCAGCGGGACAAGGUGAGGCCCGCCAGCGGGCGGCCCCGCUCCGCUCCGCCCCGCGGCGCUCCCCACCCGGCAGCCCCGCCGCCGCCGCCGCCCGGCUCCGGCCCGCCUCCCCUCAGCACCCCGCGAGGAACAGCUCCUUUGCAGUUUGCAGCACCGCAUUAAACAGGGAGAGCGAGGGAGAGAGGAGGGAAGGAAGCAGCCCGCAGCGCUGGGUUACGGAAAGCGCCGUGCAAAUAGAAGUGCCCCUGCCCCAGCGUACAGCCAACCUGUCGGCCUGAGGGGCACCUGAGCCAGCCGAAGCAGAAUGUACCAGGGACACAUGCAGGCAGUAGGUGAAACCUUGAAGAAAAAGUGGCUCUGUCUUCACAAAAGUGACCUGACCUUUGCUUUGGGGAAAGGCGCUAGGGCGGCAGAUAAGGCUGUUGCCAUGGUGAUGAAGGAGAUUCCGAGGGAGGAGUCUGCAGAGGAAAAGCCCCUCCUUACUAUGGCAUCACAGGGGUGCAGAAGCCAAAAGGAAGCAGAAUCAAGUGAAAAACUGGUGAAUGAGCAACAAGAAAGCAGACCACUUCUGAGCCCCUCCAUUGACGACUUUCUCUGUGAAACUAAACCAGAAGCUGUUGCAAGACCUGUAACAUCAAAUACUGCAGUAUUAUCAACAGGUCUGGAUCUCUUGGAUCUUAGUGAACCUGUCUUACAAAGCCAAAACAAAGCAAAGAAGUCAGAGAAUCCAUCAAGAAGUGAAGGCUUAAAAGCUUCAAUCCACAGAAAGAAGACAGACAAUUCUGACCUUAUAAGCGUGGAUACUGAGCAGAAAGCCCAGACUGUCAGAGUUUCAGACAAAUCUUCACUAGAUUUAGUUGAUAUUCAGACACAGCUAGAGAAAUGGGAUGAUGUCAAUUUUCCUGGAGACAGGAGUAGCAAAGCCCACCCUUCUGCAGAGCGAACAUCGUCAUCAUCUAGAGCUCCAUCAAAAGAGCUUUUAUGGUCCACAGAAAACAGAUCACAGUCCGAGCUGACUAAUGUCAAGAGUGCCUUGGAAUCCGAUUCAACAUCAGAAUUAGAACUUGCUUCUGCAACACAGGCACGAUCAACUAAGGAGCAACGUUGGGGAGGGCCUUUACUCUCCAGAAAUCACUCUUUGGAGGAGGAAUUUGAAAGAGCAAAGGCAGCUGUUGAGUCAGACACAGAGUUUUGGGAUAAGAUGCAAGCAGAAUGGGAAGAAAUGGCUCGCAGAAACUGGAUUUCAGAGAAUCAGGAAGCACCAGGGCAAGUCACCAUCUCAACCAUUGAGAAGGGUUAUUAUUUCCAUACUGAGAAUCCCUUCAAAGACUGGCCUGGUGCUUUUGAGGAAGGACUGAAAAAAAUGAAAGAAGGUGACCUGCCUGUUACAAUCUUAUACCUGGAAGCUGCUAUUCUACAAGAACCCAAUGAUGCAGAGGCCUGGCAGUUCCUGGGUGUAACACAAGCAGAGAAUGAAAAUGAGCCGGCAGCCAUUGUCGCCCUCCAAAGGUGCUUGGAACUACAGCCGAACAACCUAAAAGCUCUGAUGGCCCUGGCUGUAAGUUAUACUAACACUGGCCAUCAACAAGAAGCCUAUCAAGCUCUAAGAAACUGGAUAAAGCAAAAUCCAAAAUACAAGUAUAUAGCUAAAAGCAAAAAAGGGUCCCCAGCAGUUACCAGGAGAAUGUCUAAGACAUCAGAUGAAAGCUCACUACUUGAAGAAGUAAAGGAUUUGUAUCUGGAGGCCGCUCAUCAGAAUGGCGAUAUGAUAGACCCUGACUUGCAGACAGGACUUGGAGUUCUUUUCCACCUGAAUGGAGAAUUUAACAGAGCAAUAGAUGCAUUUAGUGCUGCUUUAACUGUUCGACCAGAGGACUAUACAUUAUGGAAUCGUCUUGGAGCAACCUUGGCAAAUGGGGAUCGAAGCGAAGAAGCUGUUGAAGCCUACACACGUGCUUUAGAAAUUCAACCUGGCUUCAUUAGGUCCAGAUACAAUUUAGGGAUAAGCUGCAUCAAUCUAGGGGCAUACAGAGAGGCUGUCAGCAAUUUUCUCACUGCUCUCUGUUUGCAAAGAAAGAGCAGAAAUCAGCAACAGGUUCCCCAUCCUGCUCUAUCAGGCAAUAUUUGGGCAGCACUUCGAAUUGCUCUAUCUAUGAUGGACCAACCAGAACUAUUUCAAGCUGCCAAUGUGGGUGAUCUAGACAUUCUGUUAAGAGCUUUUAAUCUAGAGCCAUAAUAAAAAGUAUCCACACAUCGAUUAUAUUGUAUUAGGAAACAGAGAACUCUUUUAUAUCUCAUCUCAACAAGACCACAUUUUUCAAAAAAAUCAUGGCUGUGGAUCAGUAAGGAAGUUCCCUUGGACAUCAUUACUUAAAAAGGAAAAGUUCAAAAGCACAAAAUAUUGUACAUAAAUUCAAACUCAAAGGAUUGAAAUGAGCUGUGGCUAAUCUGACAAAGCCCUGAACUGUAUGAAGUAGCCAUUUCUAAAGGAUCUUCAUCCCGUGCAAGCUCUAUCUCUCGAUACAUAUAUAGCUAUACAAAGAAACAUAUAUUAAAAA